CCAUUAAUUCUCACCAUUGUUUUUUCUCCUUCUUAAAAUAUAUGCCAAAAGGACAAAAAACAAUGGCUCCUCCAUCAAAAACACUUCUUGUUAUUGCAAUUUCCUUCUUCCUCACAAUCUCUUCUAACGCAUUUGACUAUUCAUUGUCAGCAUCUCAAUCUCCAUCCCCUCUCCCCUCUAUUCAAUCAUCUGUCCCCUCUACUCAAAACUUUGAUGUUCCCCAAAAUGUACCUAAAAUUGAUGUAUCAAGUGAAAAUGUACCUUCAUUUGUGAAAGCAAGUAUGAUUGGCACAAUGGCCAAGACUAAGGAAUUCAUUAGCAAUGUCAUUGAAAAAAGAUUGGCUGUUAGUGCAAACAUGGACCAUUAUACUAAGGAUUGUUUAAAGACAUGCAAGGAGGUUUAUGAAGAGGCAAUUUAUGCCAUGCAGAAGGCAACAGCAGAUGUUAAAGAUGAGGAUUUUUACAAAGCAAAUAUUGAUAUUGGUGCAGUGUAUUCAUUCAUUGAGACUUGUCACGAUUGUGUUAUUGAGACAAAGGAAGAUGACCCUGCCUUCCAAAAUUUCCAAAAGUGGGCACAAGGAAUUGCUAGUGAUUGUCUUCACAAAGUUACUGUGGAAUACUACAAAAAUUGAUAUGGUAUUCAAUUUAGUGUUUAAGUUAUAUACAUUGGGUCAAUCAAAAGAUAUUUACAUGUAAGUCUUUCUGAAAGGGAUCUGUAAUCUUGAAAAUAAGACAAGUCACCUAUUAUAACAGAUAAAGACUACACAAUUGUAGUGUGAAAAAUUGUUACCCUUAUGGUGUAUAUAACCUAAACUUUCAAUAUAUAUUGUCUUGGUCGACAAUGUGACGAAGAAAGGAAGAAUGUGAUAUAUUAUAUCCCUGUUUUUCAAUUUAUGUAUCUUAUUUUUUGGAGACAUAAAUUUAAUAAAUUUUGUAAGUUCUGUUGA